AUGACUCGCUUCACCAAAAUAGCCAUCAGCAUACCUGAUCUCCACCCAGAAGUCCAUUUGCACGCACUCAAAAGCGGCCUCAGACCUGGAAAGUUCCAAGAAACCAUUGCGAUAGCAAAGCCAAAAACCCUGGCCAAAUUCUGGAAAAAAGCAAAAGGACAAAUCGAUAUCGAGGAGCUCAGACAAGCUCGGAAGUCUGAUAGAACAACCUACAGAGACGACGAUAAAACUCCAACUAGUAAGAAAAGUUUUAAACUAACCCCUCGUUUUGACUCUUAUACGCAGUUUAACACUAAGCGAGAGGAUAUCAUCAAAGAGAUUCUACAUUCAAAACUCAUCAAACCACCAAGAAAGGUCGGAACAUAUCAAGACACUAAGAACGCAGAUAAAUCAAAAUACUGUGCCUUCCACCAAAAGCACGGCCACACCAUUGAUGACUGUGUAAUAGCAAAGGACUUCUUGGAACACUUAGCUCGGCAAGGCCAUCUCGAUAAGUACAUCGGAGGUCACAUCCAAAAACGUCCCAGAUCUUCCAGGACCGAAGACUCAUCUAAACAACAAUACCGAGGAAAAGAGAAGGUGUCGGCGAACAAUUACGAAAAACCACGAGGAAUCAUUAACUAUAUUUCAGGAGGAUACGCGAGUGGAGGCUCCUCAAACUCAGCGAGAAAGAGGUCAUUCCGAUCAAUAUGCUCGUUAGAUGGCCCACAAAGUGACACACAAAAUCCAACACAACUCCCGCAGCUCACAUUCACACAAGCAGACUACAUCUCUAGUAUACAGAACUUGGAUGACCCCGUUGUUAUAACUCUUCAGUUGGGAGACCUACUGGUCAAAAAAGUACUGCUAGAUCCCAGAAGUAGUGCCGACGUCUUGUUCUACUCAACAUUUCAAAAAAUGAAGCUUAGUAACAACAUCCUCCAGUCAACAGGCGGAGAUCUGGUCGGCUUCCCCGGCGAACGAGUCCAAAUAAUAGGGUCAGUGUGGUUACAAUUUUUAGUAGUAGAUUGCUUCAGUCCAUAUAACAUUAUCCUUGGUCGCCCUUUCUUAAACAAGUUUGGCGCCAUUGUUUCUACAGUUCACCUGUGUGUUAAGUUCCCUUUGCAGGACGAUCAUGUCGUCACAAUCCAUGGAGAUCAUAAGGAAGCUCGGCACUGUUACAACAUCGGCAUGAAAUUUCAAAAUAAUUCAAAACAGCAAGUUAACAGUGUCGACCUCACACACAACAGCUCGGCAAUAGCCGACUUAGACCCAAGAGCCGAUUUCCGAGAAAGGCCAACUCCCUCCGACGACUUACAAAAGGUUUAUUUCAAUAACGACCCUAACAAAUUCACUUUUGUAGGUAGGUCAAUAAGCAAGGAAGAAUUAAACGCCAUCACCACCUUCCUACAAGAUCAAGCCGACCUUUUUGCAUGGAAACCUUCGGAUAUGCCCGGCAUAGACCCGCAAAUCAUCAGCCAUAAGCUGGCUAUAAACUCGUCUGCGAAGCCAGUGCAACAAAAGAAAUGA